CAUUCCUACGUGGAGGGCAGACGGAGCGCACCAGGCAGGGGCCACGGUGCCAGGCAGGUGCCCAGGGCAGCCUGUGCCCAGCAUAGCGCCAUGGGGACCCCCCAGGGCAGCCCCCUCCUCCGCUGCCUGUGUGUCCUGCUGCUGCUGGGCAUCUGGGCUCCCCCCAGCAUGGCCCAGUGGUUCUCGCUGGGCUCCCGGCUGACCACAACACCCCCACCCACGACCACCGCCAGCCCGACAUCUGCACAGCGCCCCCCAGAGGAGGGGGAAGAGGGGGACGCUGGCGACACAGAGCCGACGCAGAAAAUCCUGCUGAGCAAACCCCCCCUGGGGCCGGCCCCCCAGAGCCAGGCGCUGGUGCUCAAGGAUGCUGCAGGGGGUGGGUCACAGGCCCCCCUGGAAACACGAGACCAGGCAACUACAAAGGGUCCGACGCCAGCAGUGCCCACCCCCCGGGCAGCUGCCACCCUUCCGCAGGUGACUGGUAACCUCUCGCAGUGCAUCUGCCCAGCCGUCCCUGGGCCCCCUGGGCCCCCUGGCCCAAAGGGAGAAAAAGGAGAGUGGGGGCCCCCGGGGGAAAUUGGCCUGCCGGGAUUCUCUGGAGAGCGAGGCCAGGCGGGGAGCCCAGGGCAGCCUGGCCCCCAGGGGCCGCCUGGUCCCCCUGGGCCUCCGGGCGUGCCGGGGCUGGCAACUGGCGCUGAAGAGCUGGAUGAAUCUGAGAACGAGCUGACAAAACAGCCGCUCAUGCUUGGUGUGGCAGGGCCGCCUGGACCCCAGGGUUUGCCCGGCUACCAAGGGCCUCCAGGCCCCCAAGGCUACCCCGGGCAUGAAGGCAUCCAAGGCCCCCCUGGACCACCAGGCCGUGAAGGGCAGCAAGGACCUCCCGGCCCUCCAGGGCCACUUGGGGCCCCAGGGCCACCGGGCUUCCAAGGCCCCCCAGGGCCUGACGGCCCCCUCGGGCUUCCAGGACUCUCAGGGCCUCCAGGAGCUCCAGGGCGUGAUGGGCCCCCCGGCCCCGCAGGGCCUGUGUCACCACCAGGAAACCCAGGGCCUGCCGGGGAGCCAGGAUACCCUGGGCCCAAGGGCGAGACGGGUGAUCUUGGCCAGCCCGGCCCUCCAGGCAGCCCCGGCUUGAUGGGAGAGAAGGGCUCCCUGGGCCCGCCCGGGCCCAUGGGGCCACCAGGACCACCUGGGGAGAACAGGUGUGACCCACACUCUUCAGGGCACCCCAGAUGGCCUGGCCCGCCGGGCCCCAAGGGUGAAAAGGGAGACCCUGGAGAGCAGGGAUGCCGCAGCUGUCCCGGGGAGGCUGGGUUCCUGCCAGGCCACCCUUCCUUCCCCAGCUCCAGGGGCCCGUACGGAUCCUGGGUGCCACUGACAUACCAAGAGAAUGGCAAAGUAGAGACGGAGAUUUAUGGUGCAAUCGUCCCUCACGGUCUCCCUGGCCACCCCGGAGCACCAGGCCCCCCUGGUCCCCCGGGGCCCCCCGGAGCACCAGGCAUCCUCUACCUCAAUAGAGUUUAUCCUGUCCACCCCAGGCCGUUCUGCAAACAGCCGGUGACCCACAGUGCGGCCGGGCUCUCAGAUGCUGACUCGUCUCAGAAGGACGUGCCUGAUCCCCCGGCUGACACCAGGCAUCACACCUGGGUUUUCAAGUCGAAGGAGCUGAUGUUCAAAUCCAGCUCAUCUGUCCCCGAAGGGAGCCUGGUCUACGUCAGAGAUGGGAACAGCGCCUUCAUCCGAACCCCAAGAGGCUUUAGCAAGCUCCUGCUGGAAGAUUCGGAUUCCAUGUUGGCUGGCGAUGACCCCUCUGUGUCCACAGAACAUCGUCAGGUCCCAAAGGAAGGGAAUCAAGCAGCCACUGGGAUCCUGCCAACUAGCAUCAUCCCGAGAGUGCCUUCGCUCCGCCUGGUCGCUCUGAACUUCCCACUGGCCGGCGAUAUGAACGGGCUCAGCGGCGCGGAUCUGCAGUGCCACAGGCAGUCGCAGGAGGCCCAGCUCUCCAGCACCUUCCGGGCCUUCCUGUCGUCCCCCACGCAGAACCUGGUCUCCAUCGUGAGGAGGACAGACAGAGCUCUGCCCAUCGUCAACCUGAAGGGCCAGCGGCUGGCGAAGACCUGGAACUCCCUGUUCGGAGGUGAUGGUGCCGCCCGCUUCAACGCGCUGCGUUUUCCCAUCUACACCUUCGACGGCCGGAACGUGCUGACGGAUCCCAGCUGGGCUCACAAGGCGAUCUGGCAUGGCUCCAGCCUGCGUGGGCACCGAGCCCCGAAGGAGGACUGCCAAGGGUGGCGGGCCAGCCUAGCCGAGGGCUUUGCCUCUCCCCUGACCGAAGGGAAGCUCCUGGCUGAGCAGCGCCAUGACUGCUCCAACUCCCUGGUCGUCCUGUGCGUGGAGAUCAGCUUCCCGUAGCUGCACAUGUGGUGAUGCGAGCCACCGUGGGGCAGCUAGCGGGGGCUGUGGGCUGGUGAUCCCACCAGGAGAGCCGACGGUCACCUGCCGGCCCUGGGGCUGCUCUCGGCUCUGGGGUUAUUUCACCAUUAUCCCCCGUAGUGGAGCCAGCUUUGUACCCAUAGCCAGAGGGGUCUAUCCUUGACCAGGACGGGGAUCCAUAUGUGCAGAACAGAGACCAAUGGAAAGGCUACUGGGAUGCCUCCCAAACUCAGAGCCAUGCCACCGCCGAGCCAUGUCCCCAGGGCGUUGGAUCUAGUUAGUUAGCGCUAACCAUGGGGCCUCCCCAGGAGAGGGGAGCCAUUCCCCCAAACCAGUGCCCCAUUGAGGUCCCAGGCAUGCACCGCAGCGAGCACUGGGGUGCAGAUGAGACCUAGGUUUCGGGGCCAGUGUUCUCUGCACUGAUGCUGUUGUGCAGCUCUGCCAGGGACUCUCCAGAAGCUAAAAGCUCUUCUCCGGUCACCAAGUAGAUGGGGAAACCUGCCAGAAGUGGUAGCUGUGCCUCCAUGCCCCCUCGUUCUGCCUCUGUCAACUCCCAGCUGCUCCCCACUCCUGCCUCUGCCAUCUUGGGCUUGGGUUCCCAACAGGCAAAUGCCCCCCACCCUCCAGGCCCGAGGUGCGGACAGUGCUGGGGUUUUCUGGGGGUAUUAGAUGCAGCCUGGUAAUAUCUAUCUUUCGGCCGACUAGUGUCAUGGCGAUGGUCGGGCACUACCAGCUCCAGAGAGAGCGGUGUCGUUCGAGCCUCUCGGGCCUGUGAGCUUUGAAAACAGCUGUGUGCUUUAGCUGGCAAUAAACAUGUUCCACGUUUUGGGUUUGGGCUGGUAUUUAAGCUCUGAGCAUUUGGGUUCUACUAGCGCCUAGCGCUCCCAGGCAGCAUGCAGACAGAACCAAGGGCUGGCUGCUGCCCCAAAGGGCAGGUAUAUAGGGGGCAGGGGCAACCA